AUGGGAACUGUAAAUCCAGAGCUGAAGUCUUACGCCCUUGGAGUUCUGUUCCUACUCCUGAGACUGAUAGGCUUCAUCCCCCCCCCUCUGAUCUUCGGCAUGGGCAUCGACUCCACCUGUCUGUUCUGGAGCUCUGUCUGCGGAGAGAAGGGAGCCUGCAUGCUGUACGACAACGUGGCCUACAGGCACCUGUACGUCAGCAUCGCCAUCGCCCUCAAGUCCUCUGCCUUCAUCCUGUACGCCACCACAUGGCAGUGUUUGAGAAAGAACUACAGGAAAUACAUCAAGAACAGCGAGGGCUACCUCACGCCCACCGAACUCUUCGCCUCCAAUGUGACUCUGGACAAUUUGGGCAAGGAGAUCACCCAGAGCCCAGCCAACAGGACAAAGUUCAUUUACAACCUGGAGGACCAAGAUAUGAGUGACAAAAUGGAGUCAGUUUUAUAGUGGAGGUCUGCACCGGGACUGGAGCUGAGGUGGUUAAUGUGAAACUGAUCUGAUGUUUCUUUGGUGUCGUAUCAGUGUAGAAGAAUGUUCUCACUAAGGGUCUUCUCACCUAAAACAUCAGACAUAUUGAAAAAAAUUAAGAGAUGUUCCCAAAAUGCUCUAUAUCCUCAUUGCACUUUUUUGCUAAAAUACAGAUAUCUGGUCCUUUUUUGUCAUAAACUGACUCACAUUUUUUUUUGCUUUUCACAUAACUUAAUUUGGCAGUAGAAUAUAGAUUGACUUUGGGAAAGGAAUGACUCAGUAGUUAAUUAAUAACACCACUAAUCAGCCAGCACGGCCCUCAGACAUCUUCUUUAGUUCAACUUCAUUAACAGCUCAGUUCAAAUUGCAGUCAUUAGGUUCAGAUUUAUAAGGAGAUAAGAGCUUUUUGAGAUGCAGCAAUCUGAAAUGUGUUAUUUGCAUAAGCUUUAUUAGACAGUUUAUGAUGAUUGCAGUUUAGCUUUGGUGUUUAUCAUUAGCUGAUCAUAUUUCAGCUCAUGUUUGCAGCACUUUUUCAGACAUACAGAUCUCACUCAGCUGUUUAACUUCACAAAUAAUGAAAGAGAGAUAUGCAUUGAUUAAAGAGGCCAAUGUAGGAGCACAACACAUUAAGCAAGAAGCAACAAGAAGAAUAAGUAGGAAGGAAUAAUUAAGAAUAAUGGGGAAAUAAUAAAGCAAUGGGCAACAUGUGAAAGUAAAUAUAAUGUAUAUUAUGGAACCUUCUUCAUUAAAAACAAACUAAUGGAAGAUUAAUGACAGUUUCAUAAAUCAUGUAUUGUUAUAUCUUAUACAACAACAAUAUUUAUAGAUUUCAAAAACUGAUUUUUAUUUGGCAAGAGCAGAGGCAAAGGGUGGAUAUCUCAUUUUGGAACAAAACUCUUCACUUUGAGUUGCACAUAUUGCUCAGAUUAAAAAAAAUAAUGAUGAAGUGUUUUUCGAUACAUUUCACUGUAAUUGGCCUGUAUUGUUCUUGGGUAUUUUUAGGAUCUGUGGAAGGUAGAUGAGUGUCUACUUAGUAUGUAUUAAUUAUCCCUUUACUGUUUCAUAGUGUGGAGUUUUACUAUGAAUGCUGGACAAGACUGUUUUUAUUUUUAUUUUACUUCACAGCAUUUAUUUAUAGUCAGUGUUUUCUCUUUAAAAUGUAAACAAAUUAGGUCCAACUUCUAAAAGUAAAUUUAACAAAGAAAUUCUAGGUGUUUAGCUUACGAUAUUAAAAGCAAUGGACUAUGAGAGAGGAAAUAGGGGUUUGUUUGUCAAACAAUGAAUGUCGAUUCAGUAACUGAAUCUGUGACAUUCAGUUUCACCACUCUCACCGAUUUGACCCGUAGAACCGUUAUAACUCCAGCCAGGAACACUCACAAAAUUAGACAGAAAUACAGUUUCACUUGGUCGUGGUAUUCUACUCCUGGGGACGCCCCCCCCCCCGCAGCAGUAAUGCAUGUAUUACACAGCACCAGGAUAAAUAACAAGCAGGGACCAUUGCAUAUAAGACUCUCCAGGGUACUUGGAUGCCGUGGGGUCAGAGCAGGUGGAGGCUGUGGGGGAGGGGGUCUUCAGUAAUAGAAUCAGUUACAGCAGCAAAGCUCACACGUGCGUACACACUGAGAGUGUGAAGGCAUUUAAGGGGAACGCCAAGUCAGGGCACUGAGACGUGAUGAUUGUGAUGGGCUAGCUGUCAGCAGACACAGCACAGCAUGAUGCACAGUGUCCAGACAUAAUUAGUUCAUUUAAAGCAUGCUGGUAAUGCAUGCAAUGAUACAAAUAAAUAUUCAGUAUGUCACUAAGCUGCACAGACUCUGUGGUUUGGCGGCCAUGGUUACGGUUAAAUUUAAAUGUAACUACAAUGGCCUCCAAAUUAUAUUUUAGACCAUGGAAAAGCUUUAUAAUGCAUACUGCAUUGUGAUGUUGAACAUUUUUAGCGAACCUCAGCUGUCUCAUAAUCACUCACACUGCAGCGAUUGUCUAAACAGAAUUUUCUUUUUUUUGCCAAAUUCCUUGGGAUUCGGAUUUCUGACAUAUCCAGUUUAUAUAGAGAAUAUUGGUUUUCUUGGCUUACUUUGUAAGUAUCUAAUAUGUUUUGCAUCAAAAAUAUGGACCUUUGUCCAUGUCACCAUUGCUAUAGAUGUACUCCCUAUGAUGUUAAAGGUGGGGGUUAAAGAUGUGGUUUUACAUGGUGAGUCCCUUGCCCAGUAUUAGACAAGUAUUAGACAAGAAGAUAAUACCAAUCUCAUGUUUGUAUGGUAACAUAAAGCUAGAGCCAUGGGCUGAUUAGCUUAACAUAACAAAUGUAAAUAGAGGCACAUUGCUAGCCUGCCUUGUCCAUGAGUUAAAGUCUUUUUUUUUUUCAGGUUGAACAAAUUAGACAUAAGGUCUUAAUAGACUAGCUUUGAAUCUACUAUAGGUGUAUUUCGUUACCAGACGCAAGCUAGCUUUCCUCCCACAGUUUUUUCCGUCUGUGUGCUGCUAAGCUAAGCUAAGCUAACCACCUACUGGCGGUAGCUUCAUAUUUACCGUUCAGGAACGAGAGAGGAUCUUUUUAUCUAAUGCUCGCAAAAAAUAUAUUUUCCUAAAAUAUCUGACUAUUCUUUUGAGAUAAAGUUCCAUGAUUCAGUCUCAUUUUAUGCUAACGCUCAAGUUUUAUGAGCUCUUUUUUUGUGGAAUUUAUCUUCGAUCCAAACUACUCGUGUGCUCUUAGUUUAGCACUUCAAUUAACUAAUAGUAUAAGAUUCAAACUAUACUUUGACGAUGCUUCAGCAUCAUAAAUAUUAAAUAAUAUAUCAAAUGGGGGGAAAAGACAGUUGUUAGAAAAUGUUGGAGAUCAACAGUGGACCUACACAGAGCCAUGCCAGACCAGACUGUCUGCCUGCUGUGAUGUGAGAAGAGAGUAUACAGAUGUUUAGUAGUAAAACUUAAAUACUUAAAAUGGAAUGAUUUUUCGGGCACUGAUUAUUUUUUGAAACAGUUUCCAGUCAAAGAUUUGGACUGAUGGGAAGAUUGGCUCCUAGCAGGACAUACAGGAUGGCAGGACAUUUUGCUAAGAUGUACAAACAAUUGCAAAGACAGUUUCUAAGGCUGCUAAGUAACAUUACCAGCUGGCCACCAGCUCCUCCUCCGUAACCCCCAACAGGUGGCGCUGUCUUUGAUAUCUGUAACGUCCAGUGUGUCAUAGUGCUGACUCCUCUGUGCAUAAUAGUGCCAUACAAGUGCCAAAGUGACACCAUAGAAGUGUUUCUGUAAUGUCCUGCAGAGAACUUUGUCUUUACCAAGUUGGAGCUCAGAGCAGAUCCUCCAGCUGUAUGUAGCCUUUCUGUGAUAUCCCUCCACUUACUUUCACCAUAGCAUACAAAAAGUGUCCCAAAAACAUAUUGCCUAUAAAGUAUUGUAUAUGGGUCUAGAAAACCAUAUUAUUUAGGGUGUAAUAACUGUUAAUAUGUAGAACUUUUCUACUAGUGAAGGUAUUGUCUACUUUAGAUUAAUCUCUCUUUCCAUCAGUGGCAAAGCUGAUAACUGUUUGUUGCUUUGGUCCAACCAAAAACAAAACUUUGCUUGAAACAAGUGGCACCAAUGUUGAGCCUCCGCCUGACAUUGUAAAGUAGGCUAGAUGAGGUUGACUGUAGAGAAAUCAGCCGGUCUUCACUGAUAGCAGUCUUGCACCUGUGCCUGGAUAUUGAGCUCUACUCUGAGACUUCCUGAUGGUGUGCCAUAUCAACCUGUGCAGUGUAUUCAACACUUGCAAAGAAAAAGCCAACAUAUUCUAGGUCUGUCUAACGCGCUGGCCAGCCAACCCUGGCCAGUGACGGCGCUCGCUUGACCUUGUAUUCACCUGCGGCGACAGGACUGUUUUGCCUUGUGAUGAGAAAAUAACUUUGGAGCAUAAAUGUUAUUUUUACAUCC